GGCGCUUGGAGCCUCCGAAACUUUGCGGUAAUGUGGCCCCUGGUAGCCGUCAUAAGUUUCAUGUUAUGUUUGGAUCCCAGCGUUCAGCAGUUCCCACGUCUGUGCGCCACCCGGGAGGCCUUGCGCACCAAGGAGUGCUGUCCGCCGUGGGAAGGAGACGGCUCGGCCUGCGGAGCCAGCUCGGGCCGGGGCUUCUGCCAGGAUGUGGAGGUGCCGGACCAGCCUGACGGGCCGCAGUACCCCUUCUCCGGCCUGGACGACAGGGAGAAGUGGCCCUUGGUGUUCUACAACCGGACGUGCCGGUGCGCAGGGAACUUCAUGGGCUUCAGCUGUCAGGACUGUAAGUUCGGCUACUUCGGAGCGAACUGUAACGAGAGGAGAGAGUCUCUGAGGAGGAACGUGUUCCACCUGUCCAGGGCCGAGAGGAUCAGACUCGUGUCCUACCUGAACCUGGCCAAGCAGACCAUCAGCAGGGACUACGUCGUGGCCACGGGCACCUACCGGGAGAUGGAGAACGGCUCCAACCCGAUGUUCGCCGACGUGUCCACGUACGACGUGUUCGUGUGGAUGCACUACUACGUGUCCAGGGAGGCGCUGCUAGGCGGCCCCGGGAACGUGUGGACCGAUGUGGACUUUGCGCACUGGGCGCCGGCGUUCCUCCCCUGGCACCGCGUCUACCUGCUGCACUGGGAGCACGAGAUCCGGAAGCUGACCGGAGACAUGAGCUUCACCAUCCCGUACUGGGACUGGAGGGAUGCCCGGGGCUGUGACGUGUGCACGGACGAUCUGAUGGGGGACCGGAGCCCCCAGGAUCCCAGCCUCCUCAGUCCCGGCUCGGUCUUCUCUUCCUGGAGGGUGCUGUGCUCCCGGGCGGAGGACUACAGCGGCAGAGGCGUGCUGUGUGAUGCCCGGCGCGAGGGCCCCCUGACCCGUAACCCCGGGAACCACAAUCGUGACGUGGUUGAGCGGUUGCCAACCUCGGCAGAGGUGGAGUUCACUCUCAGUCUGGCGGACUACGACACCGGGGCCAUGGACCGCAGUGCCAACAUGAGCUUCAGGAACACUCUGGAAGGAUUCGGGGACCCACAGACUGGGUUGGGAAGCAGCUCCCGUAUGGGGAUGCACGCUGCCCUUCAUGUGUACAUGAACGGCUCCAUGUCUUCCGUGCAGGGCUCAGCGAACGACCCCAUAUUCCUUCUCCACCACGCGUUUGUUGACAGCAUCUAUGAGGAGUGGCUCAGGAGGCACAGACCAUCUGCAGCACAGUAUCCGGAGUCUAACGCUCCUAUAGGGCACAACAGUGAAUACCACAUGGUGCCCUUCCUGCCUCUCAUCAGAAAUAGGGAAUACUUCAUCUCCAGCAAGGACCUGGGAUACGAAUAUUCAUAUCUGCUGAAUGCUAACCAGAGGCUGGCAGAAUCCCUACGUCCUUACCUGGAGGAGCUGCAGGAUGUGUGGCCCUGGUUGCUGCUUGCAGGGCUCUGCGGGGGGAUUAUAACACUGGCUGCAGCCGCCGCCUUCCUAACUGCAAAACGCCGAUACCGAGGGUCGCCUUGGCUGCAGGUGGGGAGGUGGAAAAACAUACUCGCUCUCCCGGAAAGACAGCCACUUAUCAGGAGCAGCGAUGCAGAGGAGACAAAGCACCGUAACUACCAAACGACGAUAUGAACACACAGCCAGACAGUGGCGGUUCUACGCCGGUUUUAAUAGGGGGUCCAGGUUGGGGCCGGCUUUUUUGUCAGAGGGACACAUACAACUCAGGGGAAAAAAAAGACAAAUCCCUCAUUUUAGACAAGGGAUAAAUGGGACUUAAAACAGUGUUUACAAUUAGUAAACUGCUGAGACACGUUAUUUCCACCUUUCCUUUCAGUACAAAAUCAUUGCAAGAAAUCGGUCAUUGUUUCAUUGAUUGACUCCCUGUCAGGGGGGUGACGGGGGGGCCAGACUCGGAGUUACGGGGGCACUGGACCCUGUUGGUCCCCCUCUAGAACCGCCACUGCAGCCAGACUUGUGAAUUUUAAAUAUCAAAACAUGAAUUAGAUAUAUAACUGACUAACUGUAAAUAUAGGAUAUAUAACUGACUAACUGUAAAGAGCCUAUAAUCUUUGUUAAUGGCGAUGUAAUUUCAGCUGUAUUAAAAGAGUUAAAAAAAAAGUGCA